UCUUUUAUUGGAGAACUGUUAACUGUACUAAUAAUCAAACUGUUCUCACUGUCUCUCAGGAACCGCGAGGUUCUGGAGAACGUUCUGGCCGUGGUGCUGGCCGUGCUCGUGGCCUUCCUCGGCUCCCUGCUGCUCGUCCACGGCUUCUUCACCGACAUCUGGGUCUUUCAGUUCUGCCUCGUCAUCGCCAGCUGCCAGUAUUCAUUACUGAAGAGUGUUCAACCAGACUCCUCUUCCCCGCGACAUGUAAGUCAAUAUAACAUCCACAUUCUUUGGGCUUAAAUGAGAUGCUUAUAU